UUGAUUUCACAAAGAGAUGCCCGAAGUUUGUCCACAGCAGGAUCUCCAAGCUCCAUGGCGCUUCUUUCUCUUCUAGUCUCAAAACCCUCACUCAAAACCUCCUUUCUCCCCCUCACUUCUCACUUAAUUCCCAUCAUACCCUCUUCCCCUCUCUCUUCUCAUUGCACCACCCCCACUUUCCCAUUGCCUUCUCAAUCCCCUCCUGUGCCAAAGAAACGACCUUUCAAUAUCUCUGCUCAUACCAGAACGUGGCAAGAUCCUUAUCAUUGGAUGAGAAACGCUAAAGACCCUGACUUUGUUGAUUAUCUCAACCAAGAAAACUCUUACGCUCAAGCUUUCAUGGCUGACACUCAAAACCUGCAGAGGACUUUGCUUGAGGAAAUGAAAAAUCGAUUGCCUACUCAGAUUUCAACUCCUCCUGAGCGCUGGGGUCACUGGUUGUACUACCAGUACAUUCCUGAGGGGAAGGAAUACCCAGUUCUAUGUAGAAGGUUGGAAACUGAGGAAAGUGGUUUGUUAAAGACACUUCUCAAUUAUGCCAAGGGACAUUUUGGGAUGGAGCAAGUUUUGCUUGACUGGAACCAAAUUGCUGAACAAUACGGUUAUGUGCAUGUGGGUACAUGUCGGGUUUCACCAGAUCACAAGUUUCUUGCAUACACACUUGACAUUACUGGCAAUGAACAAUUCUUACUUCAAGUUAAGGACCUCAGCAAUGGAUAUAUUGUUUCACGAUCACAAGUUGAUGGGGUUGUUAGUUUGGCAUGGGCUCAAGAUAGCACUACUUUGUUCUACACAGUAUCGGAUGAGAAUCAACGACCUUACAGGGUUCUCUUCACAAAACUAGGAUCAGAUGAGAUAGAUGAUGUCCCAGUAUUUACAGAAAGUAAUUCAAGUUUUUGUGUGGAUAUAACAAGCACAAAAGAUGGCAAGUUUAUCACUGUGAACUCAAAUUCAAGAACUUCAUCCGAGGUUUAUGUGAUAGAUGCAACCAACCCGCUGGAUGGUUUACAAAGAGUACGCGAGCGUGUUUCUGGAGUGCGAUAUUUUUUGGAACAUCACUAUGGUGUGUUCUAUAUUCUUACAAAUGCUCCUUUAAGUGAAAGUGAGGACCGGUUAGAUGGAAAUUAUUAUUUGGCUCAAUGCCAAGUUGGAGAUAUACAAUCUUCUGAUUGGCAGAAUUUCAUCCUUCCAAGUGAAGAUAUGAGCUUUCAAGACAUGGACAUUUUUAAUGGACAUUUGGUCCUCUUUGUCAAUAAGAAGAGCUUUCCUGCAUUAUGUUCCGUCAAUUUGCCAAUCAAGUUUAACAGUGUGAAUCAGUUGGAGAUUGAGAAUCUUGAUCCAUGGUUUUUUCCCCUGCCCUCAAGUCAAUGUAACAUCGUUCCAGGAUCAAACCAUGACUUCAUGAACCCAGUAUACCGUGUGGUGCUGUCAUCUCCAGUGAUGCCUGGUGUGGUUGUUGACUAUAACAUGUCAGAACAGAUAUUUUCGAUUGUGCAACAAGAGAAAGUAAGAGAUAUUCCUGGUGAUUGUGGAUCAUGCUCACUGGCUUACGAGCUAGAUACUUCUGAACAUCUUGACCCACUAAACUAUAAGGACAAAAAUAACUUGAAUAUUGAAUUGCAAAGAUGGAAAGACUUUUCUGGUGCAUAUUGCUGCAAAACAAAGGAAGUCAUUUCCCAUGAUGGUGUCAGGGUUCCUCUGACCAUUUUGUACUCCCGAAAAGCCUGGCAGAGGGGUCAAUCUCCUGGACUAUUAGAGGGCUAUGGAGCAUAUGGAGAAGUUCUAGAUAAAAGCUGGUGCUCAGACCGCCUGAGUUUACUUGAUCGUGGUUGGGUGCUGGCCUUUGCUGAUGUGAGGGGUGGUGGCGGUCAUUCUUUGUGGCAUAAAUACGGCAGUGGGUUGAACAAAUGCAAUUCAAUAUAUGACUUCAUAUCAUGCGGCAACUACCUAGUUUCUGAGGGCUAUGUUCAUAGAGAUCAGCUAGGUGCCAUUGGAUUUAGUGCAGGGGGUCUUCUUGUUGGGGCAGCUAUCAAUAUGAACCCAAAUUUAUUUCGUGCUGCCAUUUUGAAGGUUCCAUUUCUUGAUGCAUGCAACACGUUGCUGGAUCCAAGUUUGCCUCUCACCUUGCUGGACUACGAAGAAUUUGGGAAUCCUCAGAUACAGUCGCAGUUUGAAUCAAUUUUAAGUUAUUCUCCUUAUGAUAACAUUCCUCGUGAUGCUUGCCUUCCAUCAAUGCUUGUAACUGCAUCUUUUCAUGACUCAAGGGUUGGAGUUUGGGAAGCUGCCAAAUGGGUGGCCAGAACACGAGACAUUGCAUGUUCUCAUUGUUCUCGUUCAGUCAUUCUGAAAACAAAUAUGACUGGAGGGCAUUUUGGUGAAGGCGGUUGCUAUAGUCAAUGUGAAGAAACAGCUUAUGAUUAUGCUUUUCUGAUGAAAACUAUAGGAAAUGUGAAUGGCAAUAAAUAAGAUAAGCUUGUCGCAGAGCUGCUUUCUGAAAUUAACAGAAAGGUGCUGCUUGACUGCCUGUAAAGCAUGAUUUCUAUGUUGCAAUCCUACUUCCAGCACUCGUUUUCCCAUCUUGCGGAUGACUGGUCAAUACAAAAGGUAAAUGUUUCUAGACGAUUCUUAAUUAGUUCAUGGUUUUAAAUUAGAUGCUUUUUUCUUUUUCAGUUUCUGUACUUCGAAGAUGAAAUUUGUUCCUGCUGUACUUGUGAAGAGAACAUGAAAACAUCUGUUGAAGGUCAUCGGUUGUAUGUUUCAAUCGUCCAGUCAUAGAUCUUUUUCUUUCUCCACUUGAAUAAUUAAGACGUGCUGGUAUGUUUUUUAUAAGAAUUUUUUGUAGAACAGUCUGCAGAAUUACUGCAUGAUUACACAUGCUCGCUUAAAGAUUGCUUCCAUUUAGACAAUUAAUGAUCCGAAAGUGAUAUAUAUGUGGCACUUGGAACACAACUGUUGGAUCCAUCGUACCAGAUUGGAGGACUUACAUGGGAUGCUUUCGCCUUUAUAAUGAAGACAGCUCAUGCAUAUCGGGGAAACGGGGAAGCCAGCAAGAAGAUUCCAGGUCAGCACAGAGAAAGGGUCGUGUCUGCUACAAACAGUUGAAGCAUCAUACGACAUUUUUGCCUAGAUGUUAGAGCCUCUUGUUCUGUAGGAGUCGUUAUGACAAACAAAUAUCCAACAACCAGGUGGCAUCCCUCAUCGUAUUUUGGACUGUAGGCCUAUAGAUGCUGUAAAAUAUCAAAUAAUUUUAAACUAUGAUAAACCUUAUGUAUUUCGGUACGCUCUCCGUAUUCAUAUAAAGCACUUUCUCCA